AUGGACCGGAAAGUUGAUAGGAGAACGCUCAAAGUCACGCCUACACAGAGGGUUCAAAAUAUGCUCCUUGAAAAGCGCCAAUGAAAUGAGAAUCGAAUACAAAAAAGAAAAAAUUGAAUUUACAUAAGUCAGACGUUACUGAAUAGAAAACCUCCACAUUUAAAGAAAAAUUACAUUUUCAAAGUUCAAAGGUAAGUCAGAAUUAAAUCGUGUUAAGUUUAUUUUUUUGACUUGGUUUGUAACUUUUGUAGUGUUCAGAAGUCCAAUAAAAGCGAGAUUAUAUAAAUUUUUUGCUCCAUCGUAUAAACAGAUUAUACUCUCAAAACAGAAUUUGCAUUAUGAACUUCCAAACAGUGAAUUUUUCUCGUUUUCAAGAAUAUGUUCACCUAAUUGCAAAGAACGGUAGCACAGCUCAAACUUGAAAUAGAAAAAAGGUAAAGCUGCGAAACGUGUAAGGCGGACGGCGCGAUAUGAAGUCAUUUACGCGAAAUCGGACACUGCAACAAGUCGUCCGACCGCCAAAAACAGUUGAGCUUCUUCUUUUCCUUCGGUUUCAACCUCGAUUCCAGGGAUGCUGCUGCAACUGUUGAAUAGCAUUAUUCCUUUGUGGGCGUUGACCCUUGCGAUCGUCUGGUCGCUGCCCCAGUGCAAAAAGAGAAAGAGCGGAGCUUUGCCAUCGAAGGUUUGGUUUUUUUGGAAAAUAAAUAUUUUAAUCGAUUCAUGUAAGCUCUAGUGAACCUUGACAAAGCUUUUAAUGUCGAGAAAAAUCGUUACUUAGCCUACUUUAAUGAUUGAGCUUGAAGGAAUCAACUAAAAAGGUCACUCAACAAAAUUAUCUCUCUCGAGUUUAUCGAUUUGAAAAACAUUCUCAAAAGAUUUUAAAAAGGCGCGACCAGUUGUUGAAAAACAAAUCUCUUUCGAAAAUUGUUGUUGAACUCAAAAAGGCCGUGAACGAACUAUUCAGCCUUUCACAACGAAAUUUCAAAAUCUUCUAACUCAAAAUUUCCAGGAAAAAGGCUCCAAGUCGACUAUAAAGCCGCCAAAUGCUGAUGGUUUGAAGAAGGAUGAAAAGAAAGAUUCUGAAAUGAAGAAGGAGGAGGAAAAGAAGGACGACGAGAAGAAGAGUGAGAAGAAGAGUGAGAACAAAGAAGAAAAGAAGGACGAAGACAAGAAGGAGGAAGAGAAAAAUGAUGAUGAGAAGAAGGAGGAAAAGAAGGACGAAAAGAAGGACGAUAAGAAGGACGAUAAGAAGGACGAUAAGAAGGACGAUAAGAAGGAUGAAAAGAAGGAUGAAAAGAAGGAUGAUAAGGACAAGCACGAGGCAGCUGAGAAUACCGACGACCAAGCUGACGAUCCGGCUAACGUUAAACACAGUUCGUUUGUAUGACCUGUCUGUGCCCUCUUUUCUAUCAUUUUUUCAAAAAGGAGAGCGUAGAGAAACCAGACUGUUUCAAGCCUGAAAGUUUGAGAAACCCUAUCUACAGUAAUCCAUAAAGUUCCUGAUUGAAACAUUUUUGAAAUGAUUUUUCAGUUAAAAAAAUUUUUUUUCUCAAUACUAUAUUCUUCAAACCAUACAUGGGCAGGCCUAUUUCAGAGGCUCGAAAAAAUCGACCAAAAACUUUACGGGGAAGAGGAAGAAGAUGCCGUUUCCCGAGAAGAUCCUCGUCAAAUGAAGAACUAACCCAUUUUCUCGUGUAUAAUGUACCCUUUUAAUAAUACAUGUGCUUGAAGUUUUGCAACUAGAUAAAGACCUAGAGUUCAAAAAAAAAAAUGCAAUAAUUACACAACGCAGAUAUCGAACACUCUCCUCGAGUGAGGAGCCGAGCUCAUGACUUCUAUAAGCUAAGACCGGCGUUUCAUCGACUAAGCUACAUCGGGAAGAGAUCCUGCGGGUCCACAAAGUUUUGUACGAGUUUUUCGGUGUGCAAUGGUCGUUAAAUAAUGAUCCAUGAAAGUAUUGAUUAUGCCAAUUGAUUUUUUUAAUCUUUAAAAAGAAAAAAAGUAUGGAGCUUUCAAAAAAAUUUCCUCUAUCAGGUAUUUGAGAAUGCUGUUUCCCGAAAAAAAGUCUACAUUGGCCGAGCCGUUGCCGGCGGUAAUUUGGAUUUCUUGAAAGUAAAGUUUUUUUAUAAUUUUUUUCUCAUAAUUUUUUUGAUUCUACACUAUCUCGUAUGCCAAUCUUCCAGACACACAGAGACACUUUUUGAAAGAGCCAUGCUUUUUCUUUGAAAGAUUAAAAAAAAAUCAAUUGGCAUAAUCAAUACCUUCCUGGAUCAUUAUUUAACGACCAUUGCACACCGACACACCCAUACAAAAGCUUUGUGGACCCGCAGGAUCUCUUCCCGAUGUAGCCUAGUGGAUGAAACGCCGGUCUCAGCCUGUAGAAGUCAUGAGAUUUUUCAAAAUUUCAAGCACAAGUAUUAGUAAAAGGGUAACACUAUACACGAGAAAAUGGGUUAGCAUUAAACUUUUUUUUUCUGGCGAGGAUCCUCGUCUUUAUCUUCUUUUUCUUAUGACAUUUUUUCUCUUAUUCGAUUGUCGAUGUAAGCUUCAAACCAGUGAAAACUGCAUUUUUUCCAGCCGAACCUCCCAAAAACGAUCUGGAGUUUGACUGUAAGAAGCAGGAGCAGAUGAGCUUUAAGGUGAACAAUACGACGGACAAGAAACUUCUCAUCAAGAUGAAAACGUCUAACAACCAGCUCUACCUGUGUGUUCUAUUUGACAUAGAUUUUUGAAAGCGACUUAGAAUAUCGAAAAUAAUUUAACCUCGUCUCGUUUACUCGCUACUCCGCUAAUUUCUGAUCACAAUAUUCAGCAGACUAAAAUUAAUUUAAAAAUAGUUAAAGCCUUGAUGAACUGUCGAAAUAAGUCAAAACAGCUUUUGGAAACUUUCAGACCACAAUAAACUCUGAAGCUCUCAGGGAAAAUAACAUCCUAUUAUUAUUUCUCAACCCUUUUGACUUUUUUCCAGGGUCAAUCCAGUUUACGCGACCAUUGAGGCAAACGGAUCGAUUGAAGUCACAGUGACUAGAAAGGCCGGUCCGGCAAAGGUCGACAAGAUCAAAGUGUGCACGAUGGAGGUCUCCUAUGUUUUUAGAAAAAAAAGCUCUAAACUUUAACAGGAGAAUAUCGAGUCUCGGUUUGUAAUAGAAAAGUUAACCUUAUCUUUUUCACAAGAACAUGUAGAAUAACUAGCUUAUUUCUUUUUUUAAAUUUAUAUUUUUUUAUUUUUUUAUGAGUUAGAAUCUUAUUCCGUCUCAGCCUCCAAUCAGUGCUGCUGACGGGGCGCCCCGCCCCGCUAGGUAGAUAAGUAAAAUGAAGUUGAAGUGAGAAAAUCCGCAGAGUAACGACUAAUAAAUGAAUCUAUUGGUCGAAGAAAAUGUCAUUCCUUUAUAUCAUUGAGUAACUGUGGAGAAAUCUUCUAACAGUGCGACCGCUUCGCGGGGCGGGGCGCGUUGCGGUCGCCCCGGUCUGAUCAGCAGCUUUGCCUCCAAUUCAUUCUCUUCUUUUGAUUUUUAAAAACUUUCAUCCCCAUUACUAGUUCCUUAACGUGCAUAAUUUUGAAAUGUUCGAACAAUUUCUAUUUUUUUCAACCAUUAUUUUCAAGGCGCCCGCUGGCGAAGUCAAAGACAUUGGCAAGGCGUUCAAGGAAAUCCCUGACACGGAGCUUGGCCACUGGAACAUUAAGAUGAUCGCCAAGUGA